AUGCCCUGGACUGUUGCAGCUCUGAGGGACUCCAUCUUGUCCUUUCCCACUGCACCAUCUCGAGCACUGUUUUGGGGCUUAUCUUCAAAUGCCGGAGGACACCCUCUCGACCUCCACAAGAAAUCGCCACCUCCCUCGCCGCCACAUGCGUUGGGUCCCUCUCGUUCUGUGGAUCCGUUGUUUCAGACUGCAACUCAUGACCCAGGGAAGACACGGCUGGUGAUCAACUCAAAUGUCCGACAGCAUCUGUACGAAAUAUUCUUCACCCACAUUCAACCCGUGUGGCCCGUCGUAACCCGACUUAGCCUUGCGCGGUACCCACACAACACACUCCUGGACGCAGCGAUUCUGGGAUGCGCAGCUCGCCAUCAUUCUGCCAUUGCCUCAAUGAGGGACUUUGCUCAUAUUCAAGACGUACUGACCACUGAACUCAAGGAUUUGUUCAGCCUUCGAGAGCCUUACCAACCCGACCUGCAAACUCUCCAGGGUCUCCUUGUUGUCUUACUGCGACUCGAGCUCUGCACCAGAACCCACGCGGAUCUUUUCAGGUAUUCGCUACACACAUCUUUCGCCUGCACGAUGGCACAAGACCUCGGCCUCCAUCUCUCAGAUACAGCUGGUAAAUUCGAUCAAGCCGACCUGGAGCUGAGAGAAAAUAUGUGGGCGACUUGCGUCCACCAAGAUGCUUACUGCUCGGCAGCCCUCGGUCAGACACUGAAUAUCAGCGAUCAUAUCACUCAAAAUCUUUCCACUGUACUCUACGUCAAGAUAUCAGGGAGCAAGGACCAGUCAAGCUCAUUCAGUCAACAUGCUUGCUUCUUCCACCUGACUGCCCUCUCGUGCUGUCUCCGCCUAAUACUUCGUCACCUUUUUGGACCGAACCCAGCAACGGGGACGGCCCUCCGCGAUCAGGCUUCUUCCAUUCUUGUUCAGAUCCAAUGGCAUCAGAACCAGCUUAACUUGCUUCAGAACAAUUAUGAGCUGCAGACGUACCGUGCACUCCAAAUGCUACACAACAACAAUCGCUUGCUUUUCAUCUUGGGUCUAAGGUCGUUGUUACCAGAACAUGAUGAUGUCUCAAAUUCGGUCAGGACGAUGCUUAUCCAGCACAGUGGUUCCUUGGUGUUCGAAGCGUGUCAAACUGUCGAGUAUUCUACCCCCGAGCUUUUGAGAUCGCUGCCUGGUCAGCUGAACAUCAUUCUCUACGCUAAUUCGAGGGCCCUUAUGGUUGUGGUGGAUGCUCUGAGAGACGCUCGCCACGGUGCGGUUUUCCCUCGGCCUUUGGUGGAUAGACUACACGCUGCAGUCGCAAGUGCAGAGGAUUUCAUGCACUUUCUCUUGCGAGACCAUACUUGGGGUGUGCACUGGACUCAGGGUCACACGAUGAAAGCAAUCCUGGCUCGUCUUGAUCAACAUGACGAUAACAGGAUCACGACACAGGAACCAGGGACUACAGCUGACCAAGUAAUUCCGACUGAGACGGCUCCACAAACACAGCACAACCCGUCACCAGGCUCUGGCCACUGGGACAUGACAAUGAACGGCACAGAUUUUGUGGACAGCGCCUUACAGUCGACGGAUUGGAAUGCUUUCUUCGCUGAUUACGAUCAAAUAGUCAAUUGGCCAAGCUUGAAUGAUUUCGAAAUGAGCUGGUGA